AUGGGUAAAGGUAAACCAAGAGGUCUUAACUCCGCUAGAAAAUUGAGAGUUCACCGUCGUAACAACAGAUGGGCUGAUCAAUCUUAUAAGGCCAGAUUAUUAGGAACUGCCUUCAAGUCAUCUCCAUUUGGUGGUUCUUCUCACGCCAAGGGUAUUGUCUUGGAAAAGAUUGGUGUUGAAUCCAAGCAACCAAACUCCGCUAUCAGAAAGUGUGUCAGAGUUCAAUUAAUCAAGAACGGUAAGAAGGUUACUGCUUUCGUUCCAAACGAUGGUUGUCUUAACUUCGUCGACGAAAACGACGAAGUCUUGUUGGCUGGUUUCGGUAGAAGAGGUAAGGCUAAGGGUGAUAUUCCAGGUGUCAGAUUCAAGGUCGUCAAGGUUUCCGGUGUCUCCUUGUUGGCUUUGUGGAAGGAAAAGAAGGAAAAGCCAAGAUCAUAA